AUGGAAUAUUCCAGCGACGACCGCUUCGACGUGAUUGUCGUCGGAGGAGGUGUAAUGGGAAGCUCUGCCGCGUAUCAGCUGGCGAAAAAAGGCCAGAAAACUCUCCUCCUAGAGCAAUUCGACUUCCUCCACCACCGUGGCUCUUCCCACGGUGAGUCACGUACCAUACGUGCCACUUACCCGGAGGAUUACUACUACGCCAUGGUUACGGAGUCAACUCAGUUAUGGGCUCAGGCCCAGUCCGAGAUCGGAUACAAAGUCCAUUUCCCAACUCAACAGUUCGACAUGGGCCCUGCGGACCAGCAGAGUCUCCUCUCCGUUGUCGCCACUUGUCGUAAACACGGUUUAGCUCACAAGGUUAUGGACUCACAGGCCGUCUCCGAACAUUUCUCUGGGAAGAUCAAUAUCCCGGAGAACUGGAUCGGAGUCUCGACGGAGCUUGGUGGAGUUAUCAAACCCACCAAAGCCGUCUCUAUGUUCCAAACGCUAGCGUUUCGACAUGGCGCCGUUUUGAGAGACAAUACCAAAGUCGCAAACAUAAAGAAAGACGGUGAAAACGGGGAAGGGGUAAUAGUCAGCACGGUGAAAGGAGAUAAAUUCUACGGUAAAAAAUGCAUUGUUACCGCGGGUGCAUGGAUAGGUAAGUUGGUGAAAACGGUGGCCGGGAUUGAUUUUCCGGUUGAGCCGCUUGAGACGACGGUGUGUUACUGGAGAAUCAAAGAAGGCUACGAGGAUAAGUUUGCGAUCGACGGAGAGUUUCCGACUUUUGCGUCGUACGGAGCUCCGUACGUGUACGGAACUCCGUCGCUAGAGUAUCCGGGACUCAUCAAAGUGGCCGUUCACGGUGGUUACCGUUGCGAUCCAGACAAGAGGCCGUGGGGACCGGGAGUGAAGCUAGAGGAGCUUAAAGAGUGGAUUAAGGAGAGAUUUGGAGGGAUGGUUGAUUCGGAAGGACCUGUAGCAACUCAGCUUUGUAUGUAUUCGAUGACACCGGACGAGGAUUUUGUUAUUGAUUUUCUUGGUGGGGAGUUAGGGAGAGAUGUGGUUGUCGGCGGCGGAUUUUCCGGUCAUGGGUUUAAGAUGGCGCCGGCGGUGGGGAGGAUAUUGGCGGAGCUGGCGACGGAGGGAGAGGCUGAAGGAGGAGAAGUUGAGAUGAAGCAGUUUAGUCUCCGGCGGUUUGAAGAGAAUCCUAAAGGGAAUGCAAAAGAGUAUCCUGACCAGGUGAUACUUGGCAUAAACCCAUUGAAAUAA